AUGACACCUGUAACUUACAAUAUUGAACAACCAACAAAUUUUAAUUUUAUUAAUUUGAAGACAGGUCAAAAAGAAAUACCAUUUGGUGAAUAUUUAUUUCAAAGAAUUCUUGAUGCAGGUACAAAAUCAAUUUUUGGUGUUCCAGGUGAUUUUAAUUUACCUUUAUUAGAAUAUUUAUAUGAACCUCAACUAAUUGAACAAGGUUUAAGAUGGAUUGGUAAUUGUAAUGAAUUAAAUGCAGCUUAUGCAGCAGAUGGUUAUAGUCGGUAUUCUAAUAAAAUUGGUUGUUUAAUUACGACUUAUGGUGUUGGUGAAUUAAGUGCAAUGAAUGGUAUUGCAGGUGGCUUUGCAGAAAAUUCAAAAAUUUUACAUAUUGUUGGUGUUGCAAGAUCUGUUGAUUCAAGAUGUAAAAAUUUUAAAAAGAGAAAUUUGCAUCAUUUAGUACCAAACUUAAUUGAUUCAAAUUUUAAUGGACCAAAUCAUAAAAUUUAUUAUGAAAUGAUUAAAGAUAAAAUUUGUUGUUCUGCAGAAUAUUUAGAAGAUAUUGAUCAAGUUUGUAAUCAAGUUGAUAAAGUAAUUCAAGAUAUUUUUAAAUAUUCAAAACCUGGUUAUAUUUUUGUUCCAGUUGAUUUUGUUAAUAUGACAGUACCAAUCGAUAAUUUAUUAAUAAAUCCAAAAAUUAAUUUAAUUGAUUGUAUAAAACCAUCAUUUGAUGAUGAAAUUAAAAUUAUUGAAAUUACAAAAUUAAUUCAAGAUCAAUUAUAUAAAAGUAAAAACCCUGCAAUUAUUGGUGAUGUCUUAAUUGAUCGUUAUGGUGGUCAAGAAUUAAUUAAUAGAUUAAUUAAUGAAACUCACAUAUGGAAUUUUUCGUCAGUUAAUGGGAAAUCAAUUAUUAAUGAAUCAAAUUCAACUUAUAUGGGACUUUAUAACGGUGAUGAAGGUCCAACAUUGGUUAAAGAAAGAUUUUUACAAUGUGAUUUGAUUUUAAACUUUGGUGUUGAUAAAAAUGAAAUUAAUCAAGGUCAUUAUACUUUUAAAUAUAAACAAGAUUGUCAAUUGAUUGAAUUACAUCCAAAUUAUAUUAGAUUUAGUAAACCAAAUGAUGAUGAUAAUGAUGAAGAAGAAGAUGAACAAAUCUUUAAAGGAAUUAAUUUCAUUCAUAUUCUUAAAUCUUUAGUAGAAUCAAUUGAUGUCGGUCAAUUAAAAUAUCAAUAUCCUGUUUCUAUUAAACCAUUUAAAACUGAAGAAUUAAAUUUUGAACAUGAUCCAAAUUCACAAAUUAUUACUCAAACUUACAUUCAAAAUAAAUUUACAGAUUAUUUAAAUCCAGGCGAUGUUGUAGUCUGUGAAACAGGCUCUGUACAAUUUGCAAUGCGUGAUUUGGUUUUACCAAAUCAAUUAAAAUAUAUUUCACAAGGGUUUUUCUUAUCUAUUGGUAUGGCUUUACCUGCAGCAUUAGGGGUUGGUAUUGCAAUGCAAGAUUACCCACGUAAUCAUUUAUCUAAUAAUGAUAUACCAAACGAUUACGUUCCAAGAUUGAUAUUAUUAGAAGGUGAUGGUGCAGCUCAAAUGACAAUUCAAGAGUUAUCAUCAAUGAUUAGAUUUAAUAUUCCAAUUGAAAUUAUGUUGUGGAAUAAUAAUGGUUAUACUAUUGAAAGAGCAAUUUUAGGACCAACAAGAAGUUAUAAUGAUGUAAUGAAAUGGGAUUGGACCAAAUUAUUACAAGUAUUUGGUGAUUUUGAUGAUCGCACGGAUAGUUGUACCAUUAAUACACCAAAAGAAUUGGCUUAUAAGAUGGAACAAUUGAAAAAAGGUAAUAAGACUAAAAUCAUUGAAUUAAUGGAAAUUAAAUUAGAAACUUUAGAUUACCCAAAACAAUUAAAACAUAUGGUAGAAUCUGCUAAAGUCAAGAACAUAAAAUCAACAGCCAUAUAA